AGUACUUUGGUUGGGGUGCAUAUCAUCGCCGAUGUCAACGUGUUCGAUUUGUAUGGAGCUUGUAGGGGCGAUAGAUUCUCGAGGGAACGUUGGUCAACUUGUUUCAACGGAAUGUAAACACAUCUAUCACGAGGCGUGCCUCAGUCGCUGGAUGAAAAGGUCCCCGACCUGCCCAGAGUGUAAAGCUGAGCAGAAGUGCAAGCCGGUACGGUUACGGCCAGAGGUGCAGAAUCUAGAGGACCACUUGCUUCCUCAUGAUCUCGAUACUGUUGCUGGGCUGUUAGCAGAGAUUGCUGAUGUUGAAAAGGCUUCUGGGAAGAUCGAGGCACAGAUAGAAUCCGUGGAGACGACUAGUGAGAGUUUAGCAGAGGAGUGUAGAUGUGGAGAAAUGAGAUUGGAAAACCUCAGAGGUUGCUUGAGGAGAACUAAGCGGGAAAGGCAAACUGCUGAGGAGAAGGUGUAUACGGUUGAACAUGAUAUGCAAAUGAAAUUGGAGGAGUUACGACAAAUGCAGGAUGCUGUGAAAAUGGACAUGCCUUUGAGAGAACCCCGGAGUGAGAUGAGACAACUAAGGGAUAAUAUAGUUAAUAAUAGGAAUAUCGAUGUUUUAAUAAGGGCUGUGGAGGUGGAGUGGAAACAGCUUUUGGACACGUAUAGGCAACCAGGAGGCGAUCUCGAGAGUCUUACUAUGCAACUGAACGAACUCGAGGAAGAGUUACAAGAGGCUCGUACGAAAUGCCGCCGAAGUCCCGUAGGGAAGCGAAAACGUGUUGGGUUGACCGCCCAUGAACGGGUGAUGAAACGUGGGCUGGAGAGGCAGCUUAGUCGAGGAGCAGAGGCGGAGGAGGACCAGAGUGUAUUGCAGAGGAUGCGAACGCUUGUCUCGGGAGGUAAGGAGAAUCAGUCAUCGCAGAGUAAUGGGGCUGUGCUGAAAAGGCACGCGACGCGGGUGGUAGACCCAUCUCAGUCUGCGGGUUCGGUGAAGGAUUCUGUCGUUGUGGCGGCCCCCUUGCCCAAAUUGAAGAGAACGGCAACUGAGGCAUCGUCGGACCCAUGUCCACUUGAGGAUUUACUUGGCGACUUGUUGGAGAUUAUGUUCCACAAAGAGAAGGAGGAGAGGACUCGGUAG